UUGACAGAAGCACCGCCGCGCGUCACCGUGGCAACGGGAAAUUAGAGGCCUAUUUGAACGGGCUUUGAAUCGUUUUGUGACCAAAGAGACGAACUGAAGCAUAAUUGUGGAGUUACAGUGGCGGUUGGAGUGGGCGAGAGAGAUGAGAUUGGAGAGCGAGCUCAGAGAUAAAGUCAGGUUUUUGAGGAGCUCGACAUGAUGCCGUUUCUGAACAAACUGAUAUGAAAUCAAGGUUGCAAACUGUUUGAUUAAGCAUCAUACAGUUCUCAUGCAGAAAGUUGGUGUUGAUCAGAUUGUAACUGGGACUUAAAAAGCAAUGAGUUCAGUCUUCGGACUAUUGUUUGGCGAAAAUCAAUGCUGAUCAAGAGCACUGGCUAGAGUUUAUGCUACUUCCUGCUGUCUAUCGGCAUCUGGGUGUAACAUUCCAGAAUGCUUCAAGAAGAUAAUUUUGAUAAACUUCUUGCUCAGAAGGAACAGGAAUGUAAGGACCUUCAGAUACAACGUGUCCAGUCACUAGAUACUGCACUUCGAGAUUCACAAAGUAAACUCAAAGAACAGCAAGAAAAGUUUAACAAACUGAAAGAGGACUUUAUGUUUAACCUAAAGGUAUUGGAGGAACGAGACCGAGAUUUGGAACGAUAUGAUGCUAUAUUUGCUCAACUAAAGGUUACUGAAAGCUGCAAACAAGCAGAGAUCAGUGAUCUGCAAAUUCAGAUUGACAAGAUGCAAGAACUUGUGACUAAGGAAACAAAGGCUCGGGAGGAAGUGCAGCUUCAGUACCAACAUGCACUAAAAGCAUAUAAGCUAGAAAUAGAGAAGAUGCGCAGUUCAAAAGACUCAAAGAUUGAUGGACAACGUGAAGAGUAUCAGAAACUAAAACAAAAUCUUCAGCACAGAGUCCAAGAAGUGGAGGGACAACUUGCUUUACAAAAACAGGAAAUGUUGGCAGAGUUUGACGCAGUGAUGAAAUGUCGAGAGCAUGAAUUUACACUCCAAGCAGAUGAAAUGAGUAAUGCAGUACUUACCAGUGAACUAAAGGUGAAACUUCUUUCAAAAGAGAUGCAACUUUUGAAGGAGGCAGGAGCAAAGGCUGCAGAGUCACUUCUUACAGCAGAGAAAACAAACAGUCAACUGGAAAAAGAGCUUCAAAGAAAAGACUGUGAACUGAAAGAUGUAGCCAUCUUAAAAGAUGUCAGGAUAAAGGAACUAGAAGACCAAUUAAAUAGAAUGGAAAUUAAAUUGAAAAAAGAAGAAGAAAUAUUCCAACGCAAACAUUGUGAAUUGGAUCGUUUUGCUCGUGAGAGAGAUACAAAGCUUGCUACUGUAACGGAACUACAUUCAGAACAGAUUAGGGAGCUGGAAAACCAAAUACGUGAACUGCAAAUGAGUUUGGACACGGGUGAAAUGGAGAAACGACGAAUGGAAUGGAGCCAUGCAGAUGCUACAAAGGAGAAAGAGGAUUCCAUUGAGAAGUUACGUGGGGAACUUUCAAUGGUAAAGACUGGCUGGGAUACUCAUAUAGCACAGAUCUCCAAGGAGACUGUUGCUAAGGACAUGCAAAUUAAAAUGUUGCAGGACCAACAUUCAAAGCUGAAAACUGAAUUAAGCAGAUACAAGGACGAUGUGGAAAAAUAUAAACAACAGCUUGUCCGAGCUGCAGAAAGGGAGCAAGAUCUGGAACGACUGAAAGUACAGGCAGAGUUGGAUUGGCAGCACCGCUGUGAGGAGAUAGAAAGAACUCAGUAUGCAAAAUCUGAACAAUUUCUUCAAAGUCUGAGCCAAGCCCGGGACCAGGUUUCAGCUGAACUACAAGAGAAAGAAUGUAAACUACAGGAGGUGGAAACUUUGGUCCAAUCGUUGACUCUAGAAAGAGAUCAAGCAAUAUCUGCGUUGUCGAAACAUGGUGUUUUUCCAGAACAGUAUUCACAGAAUGCAAUACAUCAAAAAGGAAAUAUAAAUAAUGCAGAAUUCCCUUCAGAUGUUAUUCGGAAGCUCCAGGAGCAGAAUGUGAACCUGCGUACCGUUAUUGCACAAAUGAGGAAAGAGAUGGAGAUUCUGAGUGAGCAAACUCCUGCUAACCAAAGCCAGAACCAAUCAGUUGAUAAGAUGGGAUCACUCAAGAGCCUCAAAGAACCUUCUAAAGAUAUUAUGACCUCAUGCACUCCAGAGUAUGUUAAAUCUUUGGAAAAUGAGGUUCAUGAACUAAAACAAAAGUGCAGAAAGUUGGAAGGACAACUAGAAGAUAUUUCAAAAACUUCCAUUAAAUCCAGUGUUCCCUUUCCAAACCUCCCUGUCACUGCAGACAUUACCUAUCUUCAGAACCACACUCAUACUUUAAAUGAGACUAUAGCUGGCCUUCGAGCUGAAAAGGUCUCUACAGCUAUUACUACAAAGAAGCAUGAAGCUAGGGUUGUACAUUUGAACUCUCUGGUAGUACAGCUCACACAACAGCUACGUCAGAAGCAGGUUGAAAUCAACCAACUGAGAUAUGAGUUAACCUGCCAACAACAACGAACAAGUGCAGAAAUUGUGAGGCUAAAUGAGAGAAUUUCUGAACUGGAAUUACAGUUGGUAGAAGCACACAGGGAGGCAGAUGAAUACAUUAAGGGGAAUCUUCAACAAAACGCAGAAGCUGUGGCUUUAGGAGAUGAGGUUUCAGCUCUGAAGCUGGAUUUGGUGAGUGGCUAUACUCCAGUUGUGGUUGAACAGACUCAACUCAUCAAGGAGCUUCAGGGAGAAAUUCUGCAACUACGACAACAACUGGUACACUCAAAAUUGGUCAACAGUUCCUCAAAGCAGCAAAGUCCUACAGUAUCUGUUUUGCAAGGCAAACUAAAGCAGGCAGCUCGCUACAUCAGUAAGCUAUCCCGUGAGAAACAGCAAUUGAUUGAGAUGGGGAACCGACUCCGUGCAGAACUGCUUAGAUCUAAAUUAGAUGAUUUUCAGCCCUCUGUUGCUGUAAGCUAUUCAGAUCCAGUUGCACAGUCUCCCAGAGAACUAGCACAGGAAGUGAAGAAUCGUCUGUCCACUCUAGAGCACUUACAGUACCAACUCACUACACAGGAGUUGCAAUAUGCACAGCUGAAACACUUGAACCAAGUUCCCAUCACUGUACAGCAGUAUUCAUCAGAGAGUGAAAAUGGCCAGAAUGCCCAGGAUAAGGAAACUGAAACAAAAGAACACACCGGGAAUAUGAAUCCAGCUGUACUGUCAACAGGAAAAUCCAUGAAUGGUAAAACAAAGGAAACCACCAUCUCAGUGACUAGCCAGUCACAUUUUCUUGUACCAGAACCAAGCCAGACACAACCAAUGAUGCAUGGUCCAUCUGCCCAAUCAGAACUAAUAAUGUCAUCCUAUGGAGCCGACAGUUCUAUUCAAGAUAUUUGGCAGAUGCUAGAAGGAGGAUCCAGCCCUUCCAUAUCUACUCCACAGAACAACAGUGAUGCAGAUGAUGUUGGUGUCAGAAAGCUUGCGAAUGAGACAGAGUCGGCACUGUUGACAAAAGACGCCAUUUCCACAAAGAAAGCUGGAAUGAAACCAAUAAACACCUUACAAGGACAUAAAGUUAAUGUCCAGAGCAAAGCAAAACCUCACCGCUUUACUGCUCCUAGAACAAAACAGAAACAUUCAUUCAAAACUGCAAAGAUUAGAAAUUACAAUAUCCGUGAUUAAGUCCUCUCAUCAGCAAGAAUCUGAAACAAGAGAUCCAAGUGUUGCAACUGCAAGACAGGAUAUCUUUUUCUCACACUGAACAACUUAAACUAUUCACUCUAAAAUACCAAAAAACAACUACAGACUUCAGGAAUCUUGGUGGUUUUCUUUCAACACGGAACAGGAACUUUGUCAAACUUUACUUUCAGCAGUCAAGAAUAUUGUGCCAGUACUCUUACUACAGUCCAAUAUCUUUUUCUCAAAGGAGUCUUCAUAUCCAUACUUCUGAUAACCAAAACAAUUGUUUCACAUGAAAUGGGAAGUGGGACAAUCCGGUCUUUAAUUGGCUCUGAUUGUUCUGUCACCUUUUUGCUGGUUGGCAAUCUUUUGGUACUAUUCACAGUACUUAUUAAGAUGUUUCAGAGAUAUAAGGAACUGCAGAUGCUGGAGAAUCUGAGAUAACAAGGUAUAGAGCUGGAUGAACAUAGCAGACCAAGCAGCAUCAGAGGAAGGCUGACGUUGCAGGCAUUUCUGAAGAAGGGUCUAGGCCUGAAACAUUAGCCAUCCUGCUCCUCUGAUGCUGCUUGGUCUGCCGUGUUCACCGAGCUCUACGCCUUGUUACCUCUUAUUAAGAUGUGGUGUGUUUUCCAGAGAAGGACAAGUUCUAUCAGUUUCUGAUCUUAAAUUGGAAGGCCUUGCUUUGACGUAGCAUUCUGAAGUUCAAUCAACUGAUGAAAAAUUUCUCCAAAUAGGAUAAUUUCAUGGAGGUUUCAAACUAAAAUCUUCAAACAUUUGGCUCAAAUCUGAAUUAUGGAAUUAAAAAUUAAAUGCAACAGAUUCUACAGAUCUGAACUAACAUCAGGAAAUGCUGAAGCUGGUCAAGCAGCAUCUGUUGGGAUGAAGAUAGGUCAAUGCUUCCAGUCAGUAAUGUUUUGGGUUCUGACAAUAGAUCAAUCUCAAACAUUAGUCUUGCGAUUCUUGAGAGAUGCUUCUUAAUCUGAAUGUUUGCAGCAUUUUCAGAUUUUUCUAAGAACCGUUAAUACCAUACUACUUUAUAAAUUAUAUUUUAAGAAUGUUUCAGCACUGUAUAGCUAUUUUAUAUACAACCGAUUUUUAUAACUAUCAAAUUAUUCGUGGAUAUAUUAAUUUUAUUUCCAAAUUUAACUUCUGUUGUACAAUAAAUACCAAUUUUUACAUGCAACAAGGACUUUUUCCACAAAGGAUGACAUAUGAAAUAAACCAAAACAGGAAAUCCCAUCUUCUGCAUAUAUAUACUAUACCAAAAAACUCUGAACUGGUUGUCUAGCAGUGGUGACAUAAAUUCCUUCUCUACACUGCCUAUGAGAGGGGAGGCACCACUAAUACAGCAAGUCAUAAAGAUCUGAAAUGCACUAUGCAAGGGUGUGUGAAACAGGUCUAAUUGAUGCAGUGAAAAGAGAGUUUGAGUGACUGAAAAGAUACAGUGUGCAGAGUUACAAGGAGAUGGCGGAGGAAUCACACAAGACCUGGUACAAACCUGUUGCGUCAAAUAGAUUCCCUAUGUACUGUAAAAAUUCUGUGAACAGUGGUUCAGCACUUCUACAGCUCCCAUUUUCUACACUUCAGAUAGCAUGGAUGGAUGCAUUAGCUUUUCAGACCUACAAGUGAUUUAUGAACUUAUUUCUAUAGUGUCUUAUUUAACAUUACGUAGUAACAUCCCAGUAUUCCAACAUCAUUUACUGAAGACUCAUAUUUAAAGAUAAAUUAAGGAUUGAUCCAUAUCUGACAUGAAACAUCAAUCAGAAGUAAUUGGAACAGUUCAUCAUUGAUACAGGUAUUGAAAAUCAAUUACACAAGACAAACAAUUGGGAGAUGGCAAAAAUAGCCCUUUGUAAAAUCAUAGCAAGUACAUGUGUUGAAGAAAUAUAAACAUAAUGGAUUUUGAUAAAGGAUUAUUGUUACCUUGCAGUCAAAACUACAAGCAGAUGUUUAACCAAAAAUGAUAUGAAGGAAUCCACUGCAGUCUUCAGUCUUAACAUACCUUCAGGGUCCUUAUGAAAUGCUUUCUGCACAGUAAAACUUGUUUGAUCUAAAGAGAAUUUCUUUCCCUAUGGACAGAUACAGGAACUCUGAUCAUGCAAAAUGAGUCUAGAAAUUACUGAAGUGGUUCAGUGAAUAAUACUGUCACUUCAAAAUCACAGGUUUUUAGGAUCAAUGUUUGAUGAUAUGAAGGGACUACUGGCUUAAAAGGGCUGUUAGUCGAUAUUCAAAGCCGUGUUCCAGUAGUGCAGCUAUCUAUUAGGAGAUUUUCAGAUGAUUCUCCUUCCAUU